AUGGAUGAAGAGGUUGAGGCCAUUGUUUUUGAUGGAGUGGCAAGAGCUGUAGCUCAAGAUCCACGCAUGGCUGCCUCUCUUCUGCGGGAAAAGAGUGCAGGUCCUAAUUUUCAAUCCUUACGUGGAUUUGAAGUGAUAGAUUCCAUCAAAGCAGAGCUAGAGUUUGCCUGCCCUGGAAUUGUUUCAUGUUCUGACCUCCUUGCAAUUGCAGCUAGAGAUUCAGUGGUUUUGACAGGAGGGCCAGCAUGGCUGGUACGGUUGGGAAGGAAGGACAGCAGAACUGCAAACCAAAAACUAGCAAUUGAUAGCUUACCUCCUCCUACCUCAAAUGUUUUCACACUCAUUGAAAAGUUUAAGAAUGUUCGUCUCACUCUAGAAGAUAUGGCUACACUCUCAGGUGCUCAUAUAAUAGGCAAAGCACGGUGUUCCUCAUUCAGGGAUAGACUUCAGAGUCAGCCAGAUCCCACACUUGGAAAUCGACUGCUUUCUUCAUUGAAGCAACUCUGCGGCUCGAACAACACCAAUCCUCUCACUAAUCUAGAUUUGAAAACUCCUAUUACAUUUGACAAUGGGUACUAUAGAAACCUUCCUUCUAGGGAAGGACUUCUGCACUCUGACCAGAUACUUUAUUCCACUGACGAGAGGACCAAGAACUUGGUUGAAUAUUACAUACAAAACCCAGAGGCGUUCUUCCCUAACUUUAAGGUAUCCAUGAUAAAGAUGGGAAAUAUCCGGCCUCUUCUCGACAAAGAUGGUGAAGUACGUCGAAAUUGCCGCUUUCCUAAUUAAUCUCAUAUGGCUGUUAUGAAUGGUAAUUGUUAUUAGUUCCUGCCGCUAGGCAGGAUACUUUUGCAUUCACCUGGAUCAAUUUAUUUUUUUCAGGUGACCAAUCAGCUGUGACGAUUUUUAAAAAUUUGUGUCAUGUUGUAUAGUUUAAAUAUUUAUACAUAUUUAAAUAAUUUAAAUAACAUUAUUUAUUUGCUUUCC